UUGCAAUCUAAAAUUAAAAAAAAAUAAAAAAAACAAAACUCUAAACAUUGCAUAACGCUCGUCCAUCACUGGCGGAACUACACCGUUCUUAUCGUUUCAUCUGGCGCCAAUGUUGUGGCCUGUACACCCCCUCUCGAGCACCCUUCAACCAAAUGAUUUAAAAGUAAAGAAAUUAAACAAAGAAAACCUUCAUCAGCGUUUUAAAGCACACAGCCAUUCGAAAAUAUUCCAUUCAUGCUAACCGCGCGGGUUCCGAUUCUGAGUCCUGUCCGGUGCGAAAAACAGCUGUUAAAGGGAGUCGCCGAUCGCCCAGCCGACCAAACCAACCCAACCCAACCCUCCACCAAACCACCCAGCGGUUGGUCUUAAGGCCGGCGAGCUCUCGGUUCGAUCGCCGGCCCCUCCACCAAUGGCCACACUCCAACACAACGCUGCAAGUCCUUCAUACGGCUUCCAAACCGAUGGGGAGGGGGGAGGGGGAAUGUCUCACUGUCUCUGUGUGUAUGUGCUUCGAAAUCAACGCUCGCAACCAGCGCGAGACGAUGCAAAACGUGUCUUCAGCCGCUACCCUUUCAGUCGAUCGAGUGCAACGGGCCAGGCAACAACACACACGACGCGCGCUCUCUGCCACUAACCCUCCUUUGCGUCAUCCAUCCCUGUGUUUGUGUGUGUGUGUGUGUGUGCGGCUGAUGUGAUGAUGCUACCUGCCGAUCGCGGUGCUGCCCUUAUCGCCCGUUUGCUGCCGGCGAUCGCGAACGUCACACCGACGGCGGCGGCAGCGUUCUAAACCACCACCCCUGUGGAGUGAGCGAGCGCCAAGGGGAAGUCGAAGUGUGAAGGGAAGGUGCUUGAAUGGUUUUUGUUUUUUGGUUUGUUUUGUUAGAAAAGUUAUAAAUUUUCCAGUCGUGUCAGUAGUGUCACCGGCAGCAAGUGCACCGAAAGUGCUCUCUCGCCUGUCUUGUGUGCCUUUCGUCGACUCAUCAUCAGUUGGCUGUUGUGUUGGCUCGGUUGAGAAGCUGCAAACUCGUACACAGCCCCUCCACACGUAACACAGCCAGCCAGACAGCUAGCAAGGAGAUCGGCGCGGAAGAGAACAAGCGAGCUGCUGUAACACCUUUGCUGCAUGCCCUCUGGCCACGAUAAUGUAAGAACGCGCGUAACAGAUGUAAUAGGAUUGGCACGCACGAUCCUGCACUUCCUACAUCAUCCCGGAAAAUCGGUUCGGCAAAUUGUGGUGAAAAACGAAAACGGCAAGGAUUCACCAUCAACACCAAUUGGAACGGAACGGCGCCUGAUUGGGUGGUUGGAGGAGGAGUGAUGACGAACGGCACGGCACACGAUCGCGAUCACAGCAAUCAUCAUCAUCCGCCUCAUCCGCAUCAUCAUCAUGCAGGAACAGCACCACCCUCUUCCUCGUCAUUAUCAGCAACGGCAGCCAGCAAGUUUGUGCCACCAUCGAUGGCGAGCGUGCUCGUGAUCGUGGCCGCGCUACUGCUGUGCGGACUGCCUGGGCAGUGUAGCGGGCAGCGGGAAUCGCAGCUGCGGCUAGGCAAAGCGAUCAACGUGUUCCUGCGCUACGGCUAUCUGUCGAUAUCGAUGAAGGUCAUCUCGUACAACGAUACCGAACGAUGGCUGUUCAAGGAGCCGACCAACAACAUCUUCACGGGCCUGGAUCUGCUCAAGACGGAAGAGUUCGAGGUAAAGCCGGGCAUCUUUAACGGCGACUUCCACAUGGAGUUCUGCGACAACCGGCGCCAGCUGUUCCAGGCGUACUUCCGCGACUUCCAGAUCGAGCGGCUGGACAGCCCGUGGCGGGCGUACACCGAGGGCUGGCACCCGGAGGUGGCCGCCAAGAAGCUAGGCAUCCAAAGCAAGUACCUCGAGCGGGACGACUACUGCUACGUGCUGGUGCGGGUCGCCCGGUACCGGGACAGCGCCCGCUUCACCAAACCGAUCCCGCCGAACCAGACGCUCGAGCCGGAGGUGGCGCGCAAGAUGCAGAGCGUCGUGAUCGGCGACACGACGUCCGCGGUGCAGUUCAUGAACCAGUACGGGACGCACUAUAUCAACGCGUACGUGACCGGCAACUCGCUCUAUCAGGUGUUUGUGUUUAACAAGCGCAACUACGGCUACGUGAAGGAUAAGCUGAAGAAGCGGGGCGAAAUGACGGUGUCCAAGGUGGACCUGUACGAUCACUUCGCGCCGUGGUACGUGGAGCACAUGGGCAAGAUACGGUGCGCCAGCGGGAACGCGACGAUCGAAACGUGGGCCGCCCGGAAGCUGCGCCUGUCCUACUACGUCUUCACGUACAGCAGCCUGCUCAAGCUGCACGGGGACGGCUCGCUGCUGCGGAUACUGAGCGCGCUGCUGCAGAACGAAGCGAUCCUGCAGCUGGACAUGCGCUCGCUGAGCGUGCUGUUUAAGGAUCCGGCCAAGCGGGCCUGGUACGAGGAGAUACUGGACAACUAUCUCAAGCUGUGGGAAGUGAACAUGUAGCCGGAGGCGGUGCAGCGUUCCCGGUGAUCCGAGAGACCGGGAAGUACGCUAAUGGUGGUGUUGUUGGCCGGUGGUGAUUUCCUACGGAAAUUGUCCACUGCUCACUGUGGUAAUCGAUCCUGGGGGGAGAGGGUGACUUCUGAGCUCUGUUACGAGUUACGAGUAGACUAAUUUAACGCGCGUCUUCUUCUGGAGGAACCUUCGUCCCGCCUUUUUGAGGUAUUUGUGAGCGCACACCGUUGUAGCUUCACGGUUCCAGUGGACUGUGGGCCACGCCAAAGCGACGCAGGCCACACGCGUAAGGUGCAAAUGAGUUUUAUUGCAGUGAUGGCACACAGACACACACCCAAAACUCCCACACAUUAGUCUUAAGCUUGGAGUAAGAGGGUCCCCUUCAGAAUCCACAAGUGUCAUACACACACACACCGGAAAAAGCUUCGCUCUAACUACACACACUACUAUUACUACCACUAUUACUACUACUACUACUACUACUACUACUACUUUCACAUGCUGUGAUAGACUUAGUUGACUCCAGAGUGUUUGUCAGGUUGUAUGGAUACCACCCCUCCCCCCCCCCCCCCCCCAAUACCCCCAAUCCUCCGGGGGAGGGAAAGAAACCUGCAGCCCUAAACACGCGGAGUAGACACGCGUUUUGUACCGGGAAAGUCGGCAUUAACAUGUGGGACAACACAACCACGCAGCAUUAUGGCACCGCGUGUGUGCCUCGUGUCCGUGCGUGCGCAAUCGUUAGGGGAAAGAGUGGGACAGAGCAAGUAGAUUAAUUUGAGCUAAGGAUCCUUUUAUACGCGUAAGAUAAUGGAUUAAAAAUCAACUAGUGAUAGUCAUAUUUAAGCCGGACGGAGUAAAUAAAAAGAACAAGCUUUAAGGAGAAACAAGUGCGGACGUGUGUAUGUGUGCGUUUGGGUGAAUAAUGUUGUGAUUGGGUUAUUGUUGAUUAAAUUUGAAGAUCUACUUUUGAUAUAUUUUUCAAUCUCGUUUGAGAUUGGGAAUGGAAAAAAACCCGUGGCGAAUGCUCCAAUACACCACACCCGUUAGAGGUUUGCCAUUUCUUUAUAUAGAUAUUUAUUCAUCUUCAUCUGUGUCUCUGUCGCGCUUUCGAUAAUAUCCUUGGCGCACCUGUGGCCUGCAUUAACAACCUUAUUUAUUUUUGCCGGUCGACCAAUCAAUAACUAUCAGAUCCGAUACAAACUAUCAAACAUGUGAUGCGUUCGCUACGUUCGAUUAAUAAUCGAACUGAAUACGGCGGUUAGGGGAUGGAUACUGGUGGUUUUGCAUCUACCUUGACGGUCAACCUUUUCUAGGUAGGGCCUGCUGCUGGUAGCGAAAUGAACGAACGUUAAGAGAUUGAAAUAAAAAAUAUAAAUAAUAAUUAAAAAAAAACGUACAACCUACAACGGUAUUAGGGGGUCCUAAAAGGAGUCAACAAACGGGUACUGCUGCCUUUAAAGUACAGCCAGUGUAUGUGUGUAUGUAAGUACGAUGCCGUCGGUACGAUACGUUUACAUC